UGAGAGGAAUCUUCUUUUUUACUCCGUCUGAGAGGAGACUUCCAACGGGCCGGGAUUGAGGCAAUGAGGCCUUUACCUCGAAACAAGGCAUCCUCAGAGAAAGAGAGGCAAAAUGUUUUUUGUUUUUAUUUUCUUGCGGUAAAAAAGAGAGGCAAAAUGUUAGUGGGCCUAGCUGGCUCCGUUCCGUUGCCAUCGCUCCGCAUUCGAGGACGUGUGGCGUGGCAUUUGUGCGUCUCCAUCGCCACUUCACUUGAUUCGCCGCCGACGAACUCCCCUCGCCGGACAAGUAAAGGCAUGUGAAUGUGUCAGAGAUGAUGGCGCCUCCUCUCACUGUUGGAUUGGCUCUCACUGACUCUAAAUCCAGCACCUACGCCCUCCAAUGGGCUUUGUCCAGGUUUAAGUUUACCAAAGAUGACGACGCCCCCAUCUUCCUUCUUAUUCAUGUCCUCACUAAACUCUUGACAGUACCCACACCCAUGGGGAACCAUAUCCCAAUUGAUAAAGUCCGAACCGAUGUUGCUGAUGCCUACUUCAAGGAUGUACACCACCAGGCACAACAAAUGCUCCUCCUCUACAAAAACAUGUGCCAUCAAAACAAGGUGAAAGCUCAAGUAUUGCUUAUCAAGGGCAACGACGUGUCACAAACUGUUUCCACUGUUGUUUCUGACUAUCAAAUAAAGAUCCUCAUCGUCGGUGUCACUGCUAGGACUAGGAAGCCAUUUGGAAAUAGGACAUCCUCCAAAAUUUGCAAGAAUGUCCCAAGCUUUUGCACAGCUUAUCUUGUAUCAAAAGAUGGAUUGUCUUCGCUUUAUUCUUCUUCAUUAGAAAGUGACUUAGCGUCGAGCUCCAAGAGUGAUGAUCUUUCAGAUGAAAUGUCUUCAAGCUCAGUAACUUCCAAUAAUAGUUCAGACCAGAGCCCGUUUGAUUCUCCAAGGCUGCUAGGCUCCAACUUACCAUCAGAGAACCCUAAAAAUAGUUCCCCUGCACACCGUAACCGUUCACUUACUCUAUACGAUUAUCUCAAUGGAAGCACUUCAAUAUAUCCUGACAAGGAUAGAAGAGUUAACUCUUCCACUGGUACGGAAAGCUCCAAACCUAGUGAACUGAAGGGGUCAAAUGAGGUGCUAAGACAAGAAAGCUUGCUGCAGGGAAUGCUUUCAGACAACAAGGACCAUAUCAGUACAGAGCUUGAAAAGCUAAGGCUUGAACUGAGGCUUAUACAGGGGAAACAUAAACUUGUUCAGGAUGAGUCCGAUGAUGCAUCACGCCAGAUGGCUGAAUUAGCUGCAAAGCGCAUGGAAGAGGAAGCUCAACUAAGAGAGAUACAAUCUAGGCUGGAUAAGGCCAACGACAACGUAGAGAAGCAGAAGGCGCAUCGAUAUGCUGCAGAGCAGGCGCUGAACCAUGUGCAGGAUCUUGUAAGAGGGGAGGUUAUGCAGAAAAAUAUGCUGCAGGUGAAAGCAUCCCGUGAUGCUGAUAAGAAGUUGAGACUGGAGAAGCUCUUUGUGCUUCAGGGCAACUCAUACUCAACGUUUACAUGGGAGGAGAUUGAUAACGCUACAUCAUCAUUCGCGGACAAUCUCAAGAUUGGAAGUGGAGCUAACGGAACAGUAUAUAAGGGGUAUCUCAAUCACUCAGCUGUGGCAAUAAAGGUCCUCCAUUCUGAUGACAAUUCCAGUAACAAGCAUUUCAGGCAAGAGCUUGAGGUUCUGGGGAAGAUACAUCACCCGCAUCUGGUGAUGCUCCUGGGAGCGUGUGUGGAGAGGGGGUGCCUGGUGUACGAGUACAUGGAGAAUGGCAGCCUGGAGGAGCGGCUGCGGUGCAAAAGCGGUACGGCGGCGCUGCCGUGGUGUGACCGGCUGCGCAUCGCCUGGGAGGUUGCCUCUGCCCUUGUGUUCCUCCACAGCAGCAAACCAAACCCAAUCAUUCACCGGGACCUCAAGCCUGAGAACAUCCUCCUGGACGGCAACCUGGUGAGCAAGGUUGGUGAUGUGGGGCUGUCAACACUGGUGUCAAGUGGUAGUGGUGGCAGUAGCAGUACCAUGUACAAGAAGACGGCUCUGGCUGGGACGCUGUUCUACAUAGACCCAGAGUACCAGAGGAGCGGGCAGGUGUCGGUGAAGUCGGACACGUACGCGCUUGGCAUGGUGAUGCUGCAGCUGCUCACGGCGAGGGCACCCAUCGGGCUGGCGGAGGUGGUGGAGCGAGCGGUGGAGGACGGCAAGUUGAGGGACAUCCUGGAUGAGAAUGCAGGGUGGACUUGGGCCAUGGAAGAGGCGCAGGAGAUGGCUGACCUAGCGCUCAGGUGCCUGGAGAUGAGAGGCAAGGACCGUCCUGACCUCAAGACCAGGGUCGCCGUCGACCUGGACCGCCUCAAACGCCGGGCACUGCCAACGCAGCCGCCGCCGGAGCACUUCAUCUGCCCCAUACUCAAGAGGGUUAUGCAAGAGCCGUGCAUCGCGUCGGACGGCUACUCGUACGAGCGCCACGCCAUUGAGAUGUGGGUGUGCGACAAGGAUGUGUCUCCGGUCACCAAUGUUCGGAUGCCAAACAAGACACUUGUGCCCAACCGCUCUCUGCUCACCGCCAUCACUGCCUGGAAGUCCCAGGGUGGCCGCAAACCCACAAAUAAAUUUGUUACUACUUCUCCGAAUCAUUUGUGAUACCAUCAUGUAAGAUCAGCUCAAUUUUGUCUUCAUAUAUAGGAGUACUUGUUACUUGAACUCCUAGUUUGGUGAAUGUAUACAUGAUGAGGAAUACAUAUACUUGCACAGGGAAUGAAACGCGUAUCCUGCACUGUA